AUGAGGAAGACUGAGGGAAAAUCGACGAAAGGCAUCGUUUUGGUUAGUCCGAUAUAUAUGAUGCAGGGUGGAUGGAUAGAAAAAGAACGUGGCGGUGACAAAAGAUGCUCAAUUGAUUUGCAGCACAUUAUUAAUUUAUGUUUGGCAAUAUUAUAUGUACGAUGA